AUGACAUACUAUACUCCUCUAGAUAGGGUUUUGAAUGUGUUUAAGAGAAAAGGAUUCUUUCUUUACACUUCUUUAAUUGUUUGCUCCACCUUUUACGUGUUUUAUUUGAUGUCAACUGUGCCGGAUAUUGAACUAGAUGGGAAAAAGGACAGAGGUAAUAAACAGCGUAAGAAGGCUAACACGCAGAAAGAUAGGAAUCAACUGAGGGAUAAUAAAGAAUGA